AUGUCACAGCGUAAUGCAACUCCAUUCCACCCAGCCACCUUUAUCCUCCUGGGCAUUCCAGGGUUGGAGGAUAUUCAUGCCUGGCUCUCCCUGCCUUUCUGCUCUGUCUACAUCGUGGCUCUGCUGGGCAACAUCACCAUCUUGCUAGUGAUUUGGGCUGAAAGGACGCUCCGUGAUCCCAUGUUCUAUUUCCUGGCCAUCCUAUCUGCUAUCGACCUGGCCUUGUCCACAUCUUCUGUGCCCCGGAUGCUAGGCAUCUUCUGGUUUGAGGCCCAUGAGAUCAGCUUUGGAGCCUGUUUAGCCCAGAUGUUUCUUAUUCAUACCUUCACAGGUAUGGAGUCCGCUGUCCUGUUAGCCAUGGCCUUUGACCGUUAUGUGGCCAUUUGUGCCCCACUUCACUAUACAACCAUUCUGACAACCAAUGUGCUGGCAGGUAUCGGGGUGGCCAUUGUCCUACGCCCUGUCCUGCUCAUGUUGCCUAUCAUAUACCUAACCUAUCGCCUGCCCUUCUGUCAGACUCGUGUCAUUGCUCAUGCCUACUGUGAACACAUGGGUAUUGCCAAGCUAGCUUGUGCCAACAUCCGCAUCAAUGCCAUCUAUGGACUCUUUGUGGCCUCAUUCCUUGUUUUGGAUUUGCUUCUGAUUGGCAUCUCUUAUUCCUACAUCCUACGCGCAGUCUUCCGCCUCCCUUCGCAGGAUGCUCGGCGCAAGGCGCUGAGUACUUGCAGUUCCCAUGUAGGAGUCAUGUGUGUCUUUUAUACACCCUCCCUCUUCUCUUUUCUCACUCACCGAUUUGGUCGCCACAUUCCCAGAUAUGUUCAUAUUCUUGUUGCCAACCUCUAUGUGGUCAUCCCACCAGCACUCAACCCCGUCAUCUAUGGAGUUAGGACCAAGCAAAUCAGAGAACGGGUGCUCAGAACCUUCACUGGCAAAUAA